AUGGCGCAGAAUAAGCGAAAAUGCAAGAAACUUAAUUUGCUGAAGGAUCAAAUGUUCCUAACGAAAAAAUAUGUAGAUAUGAAUGAUCCAAUAUAUGAUAGUGAAAUUGAAGAUGAAAAUUGUUUCUAUAGUAUCCUGAACGCUGAAGAAAUUGAGUACUCACAAAAAGUAUCGGAAAUGAAAAAUAAAAUGUUUGAAGAUUUGAAUAUUUUAUCCUUUGAAGAAUUCGAGAAAAAAUGCGAUUUACUAAUUGAGAACUUUUUUGCAGGAAGUAAUUUUCAAGAGUUUAUUGAAGAUGUGAAGGAAUUAAAUGUAAAGAAAUAUAAUGACUAUUUGGUUUUACAACUAAUUAAGAAAUCUUUUGAUCGAGAUGAUGAGUGCCAAAUUAAUGUGUCAUGUUUGUUGAAUGUUUUAAGUAUUACAAAGUUAAUAAACGCUGAACAAGUGCAAAGAGCUUUUGAAAAAAUUCUUCUUAGUUUAGAUGAUAUGAAAUUAGAUUGCCCUUUAUGCUAUGAAAUUUUUUUAAAAUAUCUCAGAUUUAGUACAUUAGAUAAUGUUAUAGACAAGAAUUAUAUUUUUAAAUUACCUACUGCCUUUUUUGAUAAUUUGGGAAUAGAUAAUUUGAAUGAACAGGAAUUGCGGUUAUUCAAUGCUAAGGAGAAUGAUACAGCAUUAAAUGAAGAACAAGCACAUGAAGAGAUGAAUAACAUAAAUAUGAAUCAUACCCAAGAUUCUAAACUUGCGCUAGAAGCAAGCGGUUCAAAUGGUUCAAGCAGUGUAGGUGAAAAGAAUGGGGAGCAUUAUGAUAUGUAUGCACAGAAUCUUGAAGAUGUAGAAGAGAAAAAAAGAGUAAAGGAUGAAAUAUGGAAGGAUACACUACUGUGGGUUUUAGAGUUAAAUAUGAAAGACGUACAAAAGGAAAAAAAGGAAUUUAAACAAAAAUCAAGAGAUUUUUUAGUAGACUUUUUUAAUGAUGGAGAUAUGAAUGAAGUAAUUGAAUUUUUAAACAAUACGAAUAGUUUGUUUCAUUAUGAAUUUAUUAGAAUUAGUAUAAUAGAAUCAUUUAGCAAAAAUAAUAUAUGUAGAAAGUUUAUAUCCUACUUGUUAGAUAAUUUAUGCGAAACAUAUUUUUUCAAAGGGGAUAUUAUCAUAGCCUUUGUAAGAAUUAUUGGGUACAUCGAUGAUUAUGAAAUAGACUUUCCUCAAGCUAAAGAAAUGAUAUGCAAAUUUUUACUUCGUUGUAUCUAUGAUGAUGUGUUAUACCCAGCCUUUUUAAGCGAUAUUUAUACAUUGCACAUAGGAGGUGUUACUGGCAUGAUGAUUUGUAAUAAAACCCAACAAAGGAUUAAUGAUAAAAAGAAAUUAAAUUUAAAUAACAUAAAUUAUAUAUGGGAUGAAGAUGAUACAUAUGAAAAAAUGAAAUUGAAAAGAAAAAUUAAUAACACUUUAUUAGAAUAUUUUUAUUCCUAUAUAGAUGAAGAGGAGUUUUAUUUGUACGUUGAUGAAUUUUUACCUCUAUAUCAUGAUUUAUGCAAUUAUGUUGUUAAAAAAAUGUUUGUGUUGAAUGUUGAUAUUAACAACGACUUAAAUUUAUCCUUCAAACUUGUUGAUUGUUUGUUAAAAAAAAAUUUUAUUUCAGAAAAAAAUAUUGAAGGAGGAGUAAUUGAGGUUUUGAACUCAUUAAAGGACAUUAUUUUAGAUAUACCAAAAUAUCCCGAAGAAUUUAAAAAAAUUGUAACACACUUAUUGCAAAUGAAUUACAUAUCGCAGGAAAUAUUUGAAGAUGCUUCUAAAGAAAUUGAAACAUUUAAUAUGUAG